UCAUGAUGGAAUAUUUUGAUGUAGAGCAUGAGCACUAUUAGUUCGUUCUUUACCUGAGCUAUAAUGCAAUGUUGUUACUAAAUUUGGUAGUAUGUAAUGGUGUGUGUGUAUAAGGUAUGUUAAGUGUGUGCACGAGGACAUAUGUAAGUGAAAUACUUCAUUUAAAUAAUGUUAACAUGUCAAAAAAAACUUCAAUAACAAGCAAGAGUGUUUUUUUAACAUAUGUCGCUUAUUGCUACAAAGCGUCAGUGUAAAACAUUAAAAAUGGUAGCACUGUUAGCUGAUAAAUGCUCGUCAUUUCUUGUUAUUCUGCAUCUUCAUCACCUCCCGGAACUAAAUCAUGGCCUCGCGAGGUUCACUCGGAUUUCCAAGUCAAUGUUUACAGCUCUUCGGUAACAGAGUGACAAAGUAACGAGCAAUUAAAGAUUGCUUUCUUUUAACGUUACGACAAUAUUUAUUCAAGCACUUCUAUGUGCAUAUGAGUUUCUUGGCGAACUCAUGUACAAUGCAGCAAUACCAUAUAUUUAGCUUAUGAGAUCCUUGAACACAUUCAAUAAGACAGUUGAAACCGAAAAGGACAAUCGUGAAAAAUGGGAAAAUAUUCUCAAAGCGGUACUUUGGCGUCGCGGCCGAGCAGUAUCAACAUCCGGCGUCAGUCCUUAGAUAGAAGACCUUCGUUGGACAUGUUAAGUGAUGAUGGUUUGAAGGACUUGAGCCACGGGCUUAAUCUUGGGCGGGACAGCGUUAUUGAUCCCAUCGACCUCUCCGCCAUUCUUCAUAAGAAGAAAAAAGAGGGGCAGCCGUUUUAUAGAUGUCGGAAGCGGUUGAAUAUAUGGUUGCAUACGCAUAUAGCGCUGAUUGUCGUCUGCAUUCUCUCCAGUCUUGAUGCCGUCUGCGUGAUCGGACAAGUGAUAUGCGACAUACUCAUCAUGUCAGACAAGCUAGCGGAUUACGAUAAGCUCCACACAAAGGCUACAGGGCUGCUAGUGGAAGUCAUCCCCAAGUUCUUUAGCGACAACAGCACGGAUUAUCUGAGUUGGAGUUUCGAGAAGGUGGUUGAACAUAUUGAGACGAUGCACUCAGGUGGGACCCAUUUGAUAGAAGAUCACGGCUCACACGAUACUGGACAUGUAGAGCACGGUGGUUUCUCCAUAUUUAAAAGGUCGAACGUGGGUACACCCCGGGCUUCUGCCGACGACGACCACGCGGAACAUGACUUGCUGCACGAGCUUACACAUUCCUUCCACAUUGGGUCAAUGGUCAUCCUAUCAGUACUUCUUGCCGAGGCAUUUCUUAAGAUAUUUGCAAUGGGCAAGCACUUUCUUCAUCACAAAUUGGAGAUAUUUGACGCGUUUGUGAUUAUGGUAUCGUGGAGUCUUGACGUGGCAUUCUGGGAGGGGAUCUGGGCGAGGCCCGGCCAAGAGGGUGCUACUCUGCUUAUCUUUAUUCUACCAUGGAGAGUCAUCAGGAUUGUCAACAGUUUCGUGUUGGUAAUCCAGGAGAAAGACUUGGUGUUACUCAAGGUGGUUAAGCAGAGAUUGAGGCUUGCGCUGCGGAGGGAAAAAGAUUCAGCUGUCAAACUCGACAAAUACAGGCUGGAGGUCCGCCAGCUGCAGGGUCUGUGUCGGAAGCAUGGGGCGGAGGAGUCUGCCAUCCAGGCGUGCUGUCCUACAGGUCGGCGCAGACGCAGCAGUUUAUUCCAAAGCCUUACCAGUCUGGCGUCUGUAGCCCUGGUGAGCGCCAUGGGAGCAUUGCCGCGACCGGAGGCAGAGCAGGUGUCCUCCAGCGAGUCUGAGGACGAACUCAAAUUGAGCCCCACCUCACUACCACGGACGGACUCCACAGCCUCCAUGGAUGUUUUUAGUAUCACACCGGAAGAGGCGGAGAUGGAGAUCCGCGUUGAGCAGACGAACAAGGCCUUUACCUUUGACGAACCGGAAAUGAUUAAACAUAUCCCAAAUGGCACAUCGACAAAGCUGUGAUACUGAAGACGCAGGGCCUGCCCUUCCAUAGUGAUACCAUGCAUAGUGUUUUUUUAUAUAUAUAUUUUGACUCAGUGUUGCGAUGAUUAAUGCAUUGUGAUUUGCAUUAUUAUUACAAUCAUGUUCGUUAUAAAUGUUUAAUGUUACUAAUAUAUAUGUCAAAACGACGUUGUUAUAUUUUCUGACAAUUCUAAUAAACCGUUUAAUCAU